AUGUCUAGUCGAGCCGACUCCGCGACCACGCGACAGCGACCGCGAUCUCGCCAGUCCAUCGCUCAUGUUCCGCGGUCUAGGAUGACGUCUAAUCUGGACAAAGAGAAUGCGACGGCCGAGUUCGGCGCUGCACAGCCAUUCGCAAACAGUACACGGCCUAUACCAAAGGAUAAAAAGUCUCGCAGCAAGAGUUUGGGACCAGGUGGACUUGAUGCUCUGAAGAAUUCCCACGGCAAUCGUCGACAGUCCACGGCUUCUAAUCCACUUAAAUCAAUUCUCAAACCUACAGUACCCGUCUCCCCAGUACGAAACAUCCCAUCCUUCGAGGAGACCCGCCGUCGUACCCCAGCCCAUAGUCAGCAACAAAGUCAGGACGGUGCAAUGGACGGUGGCAAUAAAGGAAAACAAGGGCUCUUAAUCGACUUUGAAACAACACCAGGCCCACCGGCAGUGGACAACGAUGAUACAUCGAACCCAUUUGAUACCUUCAAUGCGACCUCUGCUAUCCGUGAAGAGAUGGCUGCCACCAAGGAACGAGAUGAAAAAGAGCGCAAGGAUCGUGAACGACAGAAUAUUUUAGAAAAGCGGGAAGCGCGACGUAAAUCUAUGGCAAACCGACGAGUAUCGUUUGCCCCCGAAGCCACUUUGCACACCUGGAAUGUAGUGGAAAUACCCGACGACUCAACUUCAUCCUCUGCAGCGAACUCAACAAGACGUGCCUCUGCCGCUAACAAUACCCCGAAUCUACCUGCACCCUCCCCCGCCCGAGAUUCUCUAUCUUCACCAGAGUCUGAAUUUGGAUUCUCACCUCUUCGCACAGAGGAUCUAGAUCAAAUAAGAGGGGUUGGGUCAUCGAACGCAAACCACCACGAUCUCUCUUCGAGUCCUUUCAGUGGAAGCUCAGUUGGCAGCGACGAUACUGGAGCUCAAAGCAUGGCCGGUGAAGAAGACGAUGGCGAGUCAUCAGGAUCAGAUGAUGGUUUUGAUGCAGAGAGCACUGCCAUGAGUAUGGAUGAUAUGACAGCUCGUUCGGGCAUGUCUGUCCAGUCAGACGGAACUUCCAGCUCCAGUUCUAGUGCCAGGCUCAACGAGGCACUGCGCCAAGCCGCCAAAGAAGCAGGAACUGAAGCAGUUGAUGAAACCGGAGAAGUGUCUAUGGAAAUCGUGGACCAGGAGAUCACAGGUGCCUUCCAACCCUGGAUUAAAAAGGGCCAAAGACAAAGCUUCGACUGGGAAGAUAUUAGCGCGCGGCAUGACCAAGAAAACAUGGAUCCGCCCAAGGGUGCUGCUAGUAGAGCCUCCCAAGAAUUCGAUGAUGAUAUCGACGACGAUGAAGAGAUGAGCAUGGAUGUGACGAAUGCACUGGGACGUAUCCUUGGAAAACCUCUUGGCCGUCGCCAAAGCACUCGUCGCAAGUCUACAGCAGAGGAGUCCAUCUAUGAUGAUCAAACAAUGGAAAUGACCAAUGUUGUCGGGGGCAUCGUACCGGAGGAUUCGCCAUCACGAGUCUCUGAAGUUGAUGACGACGAAGGAAUGACUAUGGAGUUCACCUCGGCGGUUGGGAAAAUUCUCGGAAACGAGUCUUCUUCGACCCUCAAGUCUGAUCACAUGAACAGCGAUCGCGACAAUGAAUCAGAGGAUGGUAUGGAUAUGGAAAUGACUGGCGCCAUUGGUGGCAUCCUACAGUCAGGACAGCAGGCCAAUGACAAAGUGCACGCAAAGCUGGUAAUGGAGCUUGAAACCGACUCAGGACAACUGAACAGUUCCCCUUUCCAAGAAAGUGUUCGCCAAUCUCCCGCCAAGUCACCAGCCAAGUCACCUCUCCGCUAUCAAGUUGCAGCUGUGGCAUCUGAGAGCGGAAGCCCCAGUCUGGCCAGUGUUAGGGCUAGACCUUCACGGCGCAGCUCUGCUGCAUCUACGACCCCACGGUCUGCCAGUCGUCAAAGAUCUCCAACCAACAAACCCUCAACUCCUCCUAAACAAUCUACCCCUCAACCGAAGCCUUCCACCCCAAGCAAGACCCCUCCGUCCAGCGCGGUGACGUUCAGAAGUGCCUCACCUAAGAAGCUUUUCCAGCCUGAGCUUCAGCAAUCGGCAGAUAAGCGCAAGUCUCUACGCCAAAGCCUUUUUGAACAUAAUGCGGCAACAGGAGAGUCAACCCCACUCUUCAAAUUGCAGCCUCGUGGGGCUCGCCGUUCCUCCGGACUAGGAAUCGACAAAGAAGGUCUUGGAUCGCCGCGUGUCGCUGCCAUACUUGAUAAGCGCCAGUCACUGGGAGACAGUACACCUCAAUUCAUUCCACAGGAGCCGCCCCGGUCUGGAGUACGAUUCGAAGACCCACUGCGAAUGCAAGAAGAGGAGGAUCGUGACCGCGAAGAAGAGGAGCUCAGAGAAGACGGCCACCUCCCGGUGCCACCUUCCGAAGAUCGAGAUGUCACGUCAAGCUUGAAGGACAUGAUCCAAAGUCUAAGCCCAAAGAAGGCAAAGAUUGGCAGCCGUAAGAGUCUCCACGUCGGUGCAGCCCGCGGAAUUCUAGGCAAACGCCCAGCCGAGCUGGACCUGGAUGAAGAUGAAGAUGAGAACUCACCCAAGCGACUGCGAGGCCACAAUGUCAGCCCCGUCAAAGGCGUCAAAUUACCGGCACCUCAAGCUAGGGAGGGCAGUGUUCAUCGAUCACCCGCUCGCAGAGCCAUGAGCUCAUCUCCUUUCAAGGGUACCACUACACCUUCUCAGGAACCACGCAGUGUCUCCAAGACAUCAACCACUCCUCUCAAACAGGCUAUUGAUAAUCUCCAUAUUGAUUCUGAUGCUCCGCAGCCAGAAGAAGGGGAUUCUGAGGAGGAGCCUAAAAUGGAGCCUAUCCAGUUGCAAGAUUUCUUAAACAUGACCAACAUCCAUUUCAUGGAGCUUACUACCACAAAGAGACGGCAUACCACUGCACCUAGCAGUGCUACAAAGAAGCUGACCCGGGCAUCUGGAGAGAAUUUGCCCAAGCCACGCUCCAUAACAUUCGACGACUGUGUUGCAGCUGGUUUCUGUACAGUGCCCAUGCUUGAGCUGUACCAGCACUCAUGCCGAGAGUUAAAGUCCUAUAUUUCGGAAGGUCGACAAGUGAUUCGCUCUAUCGAGGCUGAGACAUACGCGGAGAACCCAGCUCUCUUCCAGGAGUAUGUCACCGCCCCACUAGACAUUCGUGUGAUUAUGGACAACCAAUUCCGAAAUGUCAAGACCCAUGCUCGCCUGCUAAGCAAGGCCACAUGGUAUGAAUGGCGAAUGAAGCUGCUCGAGGGGCUGAAAGAGGGUCUCAACCGACACGUUGAGGAAAUGAAAGCAGAUGAUGAUCUGCUGACUCAACGAGAAGAGCUACUCAACAGUAAUGUGCCGCCUCUGGUUGAGAAGCAUGCUGCUCUCGAGGAGGAGGCGGCCAAUUUGCAAGAGUUGGUAGACGAAAUGGAGAACUGUGACCAGGACGAGCUCCGUAGCACACGCAACAAGCUGUCUGAGGUGGACAUUGAAAUUGCAGCUAAGAAGCGCCAACUUGAGGAGCUGCAGGCUGAGGUCCAAGAGAAGACCAUUAUCAUUGAGGCUGGAUCCGAGUUGCGGGAAGAGUUCCUGGCUCAGAUCCAGGAGGCAGAGCGGGUGAAAGAGGAAUGCCGUGGCUGGAGUGCCCGGGAAAUCAAUGAACUCAAGGCAUCCGUCCAACGAAUUGAGCGCCAAACCGGCUGGUCAAUCGUCUCUGCCAUCAUCCCAUCAGAAGAGCAGACAGGGCCCGUGUUAAAAAUGGCCUACCGUGAACAGCUUCAGCUCGAGUUCUCUCCUGGGGCAUUCAUCUCCAAGUCCAACACCCAAGACGAGAGAAAGAACCUUCCACUAGACCUGACCCCUCAAAAGAAUGCCAAAAUCUCCCCUAUCGGGUCUCUAGUCCUCCAAUCUCUUCAACGCCAUCUAUCAACGAUUCAACAGUCAACCGUCGCUCCAAAGCAACUUCUACGCUUCAUCUCAGGCGCAUGGGACCGCACAAUCGGCCUAGAAAACGAAGCACGCAUGCUCGAAUUCUGCGGCGUAACCCGCCUAACCCUCUCCAAGCCAGACGAGGGUUCCCUCUCCUUGCGCGCACGCUGCACACUCCUCGGUGAGGGGACCGCCUCCACCCCCGGCCGCAAGAGCGCCACCCCAAAGAACAACAGCACCAAAAGAAUUGACGUGGACUUCACCGUCCGCACUCGCAUCGAUCAAACCACUGCCGCAGACUCAGCUAUCGGCUGUAUGGACUUUGACAUCGACGGGCUGGCAACAAAGGUCUAUGGUUUCGGGACGGGCAACAAGUCCGGUCUUCCAGACAACGAACUGCAAAGUAUUCUCGGAAAGGGUCUUCGUCAAAAAGAUAGUGGUGUCCAGCUUGGGAAUGGUGUGUGGUGCAAGGCUGUCCGUAACCUGACAGGAUCUGUUUUCUGA